AUGUCAACAAACCAUGGUUAUUCACAUGGCAACGAUGCAAACAGUAUUACUACUACUGAUAUAAAAGCAACACUUAUUGAUGUCGAUCCACUAUCACAUAAACGUCCAAUACCUUUACCACCAAAAAAUGCGAUUCAAGAACAUAUUCGCGUAUUCUCAGGUUGUGCAACAAAUAUUUUAGCUUCAAUUGGUAUUAUAUUUCUUAAUAAAUAUAUAUUUUCUCAUUGUCAAAUAAAAACAAUGACAUUAACUGCUAUACAAAUGGCAUUUACAUCAUUAGGUCUUAUUAUAUGUUUACAAAUGAAUACAUUCGUCCGUAAAUCAGUUCCAAUAGUUAAAGUUUUACCAUUAGCUGUAGCAUUUUGUGCUUUUGUUGUAUUUACAAAUUUAUCAUUAGAAUAUAAUACAAUAGGUACAUAUCAAUUAUUUAAAGUUUUAACAACACCAGUUGUUGCAGUCAUAACAUGGCAAUAUUAUAAAACAAAAUAUUCAAAUAUGGUUAUAGCUACAUUGAUACCUGUUGUUGUUGGUGUAUGUACACAUUCAGUCAAUGAUAUUAAAUUAACAUUAUUUGGUACAGUCAUAGCAGCAAUUGGUGUUAUGGCUGCAUCACUUUAUCAAGUUUGGGUUAGUGAACGUUUGAAAGACUUAGAUAUGAAUUCUCAACAAUUACUUUAUUAUCAAGCACCAUUAUCAGCAGUUUUACUUGUACCAUUUAUAUUAUGUAUGGAAAGUUUUCCAACAUAUACAACAAGUGAAGAACAACGUGUAGCAAUAACAGCAGUUGUAGCUUCGGGUAUUGUUGCUUUUGUUGUUAAUUUAUCAGUUUAUUGGGUUAUAAAAAAUACAUCACCAUUAACAUAUAAUAUGAUCGGUCAUAUGAAAACAGUCUCAAUUCUUGUUGGUGGUUUACUUUUAUUUCAAGAUACUCUUAAUUUUAAACAAUUUACUGGUAUUAUGCUGACAUUAUUUGGUUUAUUUGCUUAUACAUUCGUACGAAUGCGUGAACAAAAUCAAUUACCAUGUAUUCGUUGGAAUAUAAAUCCAAGUACGAAUAUCGUUUAA